UGAGUGACUUUUAACAGCUUAUUUUAGUGGCUAACUCCAUCUACGCCAAGGCGCUAAAUCGUACAUGAGCGUCCCGGUGACCAUAACAAGUACAUCUAUUGUGAUUUCUUUUUAGCGGCUACUACACAUUGGCCGAUUGUUGGCGACCAUUAUACCUAACAAAUCACAUUUAUAUGAACAUCUUUUCAUGUAACAACGACAAAGAGUACUAGAUAGUUCAUUAGAAAGCAUUACUACUGAAGAAAAUGAACAGUCGACUGCAAGAGAUCCGCGAGCGACAAAAACUUAGGCGGGAGCUUUUAGCUCAACAGCUGGGAGCUGAAAGCGCAGACAGUAUCGGAGCUGUCCUAAAUAGUAAAGAUGAAUUAAAGGAGAUUGAGGAAACAAGAGAAACAUGCAGGGCUUCAUUUGACAGUUCAGCCGCACCUUCCAAAAGGAAGGCACAGACGGAGGGAGAGGACACAGAAGAAGAUGUGGAAGAGCAAAAGGAUGAAGUUGAGGUGCAGCAGCCAGAUGACAGCAACCCAUAUGAAGAAGUGUACAAGGACUCAAGUACUUUCCUUAAGGGUACUCAGAGUUUGAACCCUCAUAAUGACUACUGUCAGCACUUUGUCGACACAGGGCACAGGCCGCAGAACUUCAUUAGAGAUGUUGGCUUGGCUGACCGAUUUGAAGAAUACCCAAAGCUUCGAGAGCUGAUUCGACUGAAGGACGAGCUCAUCUCCACCACCAACACGCCUCCCAUGUACCUCCAGGCUGAUCCGGAGCACUUUGACCUGCAGGAUUUGAAGUGCAAGUUUGAUGUAAUUCUGCUUGAGCCUCCCUUGGAGGAAUACUACAGAGAAUCAGGCAUCAGCAACACUGAACGUUUCUGGACCUGGGAUGAUAUCAUGAAACUGGAAAUUGAGGAGAUAUCAGCUCUACGUUCCUUUGUCUUUCUCUGGUGUGGCUCUGGUGAAGGCCUGGACUUGGGCAGAAUGUGUUUGAGGAAAUGGGGCUUCAGACGGUGUGAGGAUAUCUGUUGGAUCAAGACCAAUAAGAAUAACCCAGGCAAGACCAAGGCACUGGACCCAAAGGCAGUAUUCCAGAGGACCAAGGAACACUGCCUAAUGGGAAUCAAAGGAACAGUGCGUAGGAGUACUGACGGUGACUUCAUCCAUGCUAACGUUGACAUUGACUUGAUCAUCACCGAGGAGCCUGAGAUGGGAAAUGUAGAGAAGCCUGUGGAGAUCUUCCACAUAAUUGAGCAUUUCUGUUUGGGCCGCAGGAGGCUGCAUCUGUUUGGACGAGACUCAACCAUCAGGCCAGGCUGGCUGACCGUGGGUCCUACUUUGACAAACAGUAACUUUAACCCAGAGACCUACGCCUCGCAUUUUGUCAAUGCCCACCUCUCUGGCUGCACUGAGGAUAUAGAGAGGCUGCGACCUAAAUCUCCCCCUGCUAAGCUGAAGUCGGACCGUGGUGGCGGAGCACCCAGAGGGGGACGUGGUGGGCCAAAUUCAGGAAGAGGCGGAGACAGAGGCCGUGAAAGAAACCGACCAAAUUUCCGUGGGGACAGGGGAGGGUUCAGGGGCAGGGGAGGGCCACAUAGGGGCUUUCCACCUCGCUAGAGCAAAGAGCUCAUGUCAACCAGACUGAAGGUAGUAAUCCCCAUCUGCGUAGAGUGCUGCACGGAUCACGUAUUUUUAUAGGCCAACACCGGAAGUUAGCGUCACACUGGUUCCCUUGACGAAGCCAAAGGGAUUUGUCCGUUGGAUUUUGUAUUGCUGCAGAAAAUAAGCUCUGUGGCAAACAAAUGUGUUUUGUUCAGCAAGAUAACUUUCACAAAUCAACACCACUUUUUGAAGCAUAAAGGCAAUCGCCAGAAGUAAAAAGAUAACGUUUGGCUAUAACUAAACCACGAUCACAUGACUUCAUGUCGCUACAUCUUCGCUUAAUGUGGACUUGUGUUCGGCGUGGUGACGUUUAGUAGUCUUAUUUAGCCAUUUGUUAGCAACCGCCUUUUUAAAGACAAUUAAAAGCUUCAAAUUUCACCAGUGGGGUACAUACUGUGUAUUAUGGAGUAGAACAAAAACAAAUUGUUAACCCCAGACCUUAUUUCAGGCAUCCAACCAAAAACCCAUCGACUUUGAAACAAGGGAACUGGAGGUGCAGAGAUGCUGACUCAUUUCCAGAGUUUUAGGACUCAUUCCUGCAGCACUGCAGCUGAGAAGUUGGCGAAUGUGAUCAAUCUUUUUGAAUUUCUUUGUGUUUUUUUUAUAUUUUUCAUGAAUAUACUUAAUAUUGAAUGGGUAUUGUCUGAAUAAACUCUCUUUUCACAUUUUGUA